AUGCCCUCCCUCACGCUAACCGACCCGGACAUGAUCCUGCCAUAUGACGGCGAACGCGAAUCACAAACCCCGUCCCCGCCCUCCCAGCUGGCCUACCUGUCCAACCUGAACACGCGACAUGGCUCGACCGACUCCAAUGUCGGCUCCAGUACAGCCCCGGCAGCCAACCGCCCCAAGAAAAAUUUUUCGCGACACGCCUGGACGCACGAGGAUGUGAAUGUCACGCGCCGGCUGUCUGAUAUUGGCGAGGAGUUGUCGCCGGCACGACUGGAUGGGUUUGCCGACGGCCCAGAGGCUGGUCCCGAGCAGGGGCUGGCGAGUUCCCCGCUGCUGCGUGAACAUUCGGAUGCCCCCGAGGCGCGAGACCAGGCGGCUUGGAGCAGUUCCAACUCGACUAUCAGUGCGGGGAGCAAACGGGCUCCGGAGGACGUGGCGGCGCCGCAGAAUGCUCGCGCUGCAUCCCCCAAAGACAAGGUUCCCGAGCCCGCAAACGCGCCGAGCGUCGCCGACGAAUCCAAGCCUAGCCUGCCGGAUAGCAACAUUGUGGCGUCCGCCGCGGCCGAAGGCAAGGGUCCAGGGGAUGAAUUCUCGUCAGCAAUCUUAAGUAGCGAGGCGGAACGAAUCCUCGAGAACGCAAAAAAGCGGUUGACCCUGAUGGAAGGCAAUCUCAAUCGCGCUCGGUCCUCAGUGCGGCUAACCCCGUCGCCAUCGCCGUCCUCUUCAAGUGGUCUUCAGCCGCUGGCACUCGGCCAGCCUGUUGGUGGACUGUAUCGAUCCAUCUCGAGGACAGAUCGCAGAGGUUCCGCUCUGCGGCGGCAGUCGUUCCUCUCGCAGGAUACGACAAACAAUCGUCAUUCCCGCGUGCAUUCCGAUACAAAUUUUCCGCCCGAGUCAAGUCUGUCACCUGAUACCAAACGCUUGUCUCGGUCUGUCAGUGCAAUGGGUGCCAGCAGUUCAUCUCAUUUCAACAACGACGAUAGGUCAUUCCGAUAUGACCCUACUCGGGCGUAUCUCACGCACCGGGCAUCGAUUUCGUCGAUCAAGCGUCCUUCGUCGGACAAGGACCAGUCCGCGGAGUCAGCACAAUCCCCCAUUUCCCAGGAGGGAUCGGCAGAGUCACCAGGGGGGUUAGGUGUCUCCGCCGAGGAUGACUCGAAGUCCAACCCGGCGGAUUUCAGUCCGGUCUACAGCUCGUACGGCCCACCUAGUCGUGCGCAAUCCCAGCUACAGGUGCGUGAUCUGCAGUACCAAAUGAAGGGGCUGCACAUCAAGAUCUCUUCCCUCAAGGUGAAAACGCAAGAGGACAAUCUGCGCCGACGCAGCCUGCAAAGCCUGCGCACCCCCAGCCCGUUGACGGCGAUUUCUCCCUGGUACAGCAACGCCAUGGAGCUUCGAGAUGGACGAAGCAGCCGUGGUUCCACGGCCCGACGAGGUGCAAGCUCAGAGUAUACUCGCGAUGUCACGUCCCAUAACGAGACUGUUCAUGCCCGGGAUCGCGACCAGUUUGGCCAAGCGGAACACAGCCCUGUCGACCCAGAUCGGGUUCGCCUGUCCCAGCGGUUCAGUGCUGGGUGGCAGGCUGCCGAGUCCCUUGAAUACGCGGAUGGACGGCAGUCGGUCGCCGAGAGCAUGUAUGAAGAUGCCGAGGAUGGCGGUUACGACGAUGGAGACAUCGACCGCGAAGCCCUGGAUGAGAUCCUGCGUGAACCGCUUGAUGAAGAUCUGGAUGUUCCCCUGGAUUUCCUGAACAACACAGACGCCAGGCCGCACGAAGAGCGAGAGGAUGCCUUUGACUACGAGCAUUUCAUCCUUCACAGUGCCCUAGGCAACUAUACUCGCCAAGUCCAUCGCGCGAGCCAGGGCUCGCACGCGUCGGGUGAGACUACGAGGCCUCAACACCUACGGCACUCGCGCACCAACAGCUCCAUGUCCGACUCGACAGUCGCCACGUUUGCCACUGCCACCGAAGGCGAUCAGAUCCCCGAGGAAGAAGAUGACAUUGGCAGCGUGCUGUACUGGGACCGACGGUUCAACCACGAACUGCGCCAUCGACAUGUCCACAACCACCAGCCCAGCCCGAUCGAGGAGACCGAUCGAUCAGAAACCCCCCGCGGGACAAGGGACGACAGCCGUACUGCCACCCCGGUCGACCCGAGCAACUCCUCCCCCGAGAAGGCUACGGGCCGGUCUUCCUCAGCGACCGGCUCCGCGACGCCCACCUCAUUGGCCUCGUCUCUCGUCUCGACCGUGCGCGCCGCCUCGAGCCCGCACCCGGGAUCCACGACUCCCACGUCAGGCGGCAUCAAUGAGGACGACACCCAGAUCUUGGAGCAGCUCUUCUCGAGCCUGGGGAAUGUCUGCAUGGACCUGCAGGCCAUUACCACCUCUCCUGAUCCCGACAUCAAAGCCGCACGGGUGCUUCGGCGCCGCCUGGACGCGGCGCGUCGGGUGCUCGACGGAGAACUCGACACUUGA